CAGGUGACUGAGGCCUACCUCCUAUCCACAUUGUCUUUGUUUUGUAUUUUUCUUUUCAUAUACACCAAGUUUGACGACGCUUGGCCACGAGAUAGAUGCUUGAAGUUCUUGACCACAGUAUGGAUAGAUAAUUCUGAAGCUUUUGGCCUUGACUAUCUUUACUCUUCGGAUGAGUGGAGUAAUCAAGCUCUCCUGGUUUCCUCUAGAAUCUAUUUACGAGGUGUUGAUGACGCUGUCAUUAUGAGGGAUUGCAAUAUUACAGGUCCUAGUGGUCAUAUUUCCAAUUGGGACCGGCACUCAUCUGGAGGCGUGGGCAAUCUGUGUGGCUAUCUCUGAGUGUAUCGAAGUUAUCAUCGCAGUGACCUUGAUAUUCAUUCCUCGAGUCAUGGUUCACAUCGAAAUUGCGUACGAUGUACCUCCACUGACGUCCCAAGUCGUGACGAUGGCGAUAAUGUAUCGCGCUUUUCAUGGGAUUAAAAGGUACAACGCACCCAGCUGUACAUUCAUUCAUUGUAUCUGGGCUGGCUUGGCUGUGAUUAUUAUUUCAAUGGUCGUAGUCGUGCUUUCAGCCACUGCAGUCUACCCGUCUUGCACUCAUCCAUGGCCUUCUCUACAUGGAAAGCUCAAUUAUGGGUUACGAUCUGCAAAACACGUGCGGCCAAACCUUGGAUCCGCGGACGAGCGUUCGGCAUACGUUGCUAGACUUGACAUCAUCUCGCACAGCCGGGCUUCACACUGUC